AUGUGGUUGCUUUUAACAGUGGCAAGUUUAAUAUCUGCCCUUGGAACUACACACGGUAUAUUUGGAAAAUUCAACCCUGAAAGCCCUGAAGUUAAUAUGAAUAUUAGUCAGAUGAUUUCCUUUUGGGGAUAUCCAUCUGAAGUAUAUGAAGUUGUGACUGAAGAUGGUUAUAUUCUUGACAUCAACAGAAUUCCAUAUGGGAAGAAAAAUUCAGGAAAUAGAGGUCAGAGGCCCGUUGUGUUUUUACAACAUGGUUUGCUCACGUCAGCCACUAACUGGAUCGCCAACCUGCCCAACAACAGCCUGGGCUUCAUUCUGGCAGACGCUGGUUAUGAUGUGUGGCUGGGGAACAGCAGAGGAAACACCUGGGCCAGGAGAAAUAUAUACUUUUCACCAGACACAACUGAAUUCUGGGCUUUCAGCUUUGAUGAAAUGGCAAAGUAUGACCUUCCGGCCACCAUUGACUUCAUUUUGAAGAAGACUGGACAGGAGAAGCUUCACUAUGUUGGCCAUUCCCAGGGUACCACCAUUGGUUUUAUUGCCUUUUCUACCAACCCCACACUGGCUAAAAAAAUCAAAACUUUCUAUGCAUUAGCUCCAGUCGUCACUGUGAAGUAUACGAAAAGCCUUUUAAACAAACUUACCCUUAUUCCUUCCUUCCUUUUCAAGGUUAUAUUUGGUAACAAAAUAUUCUACCCACAUCACUACUUUGACCAAUUUCUUGCUACUGAAGUGUGCACCCGUCAGACGCUGAAUCUCCUUUGCAGCAAUGCCUUAUUUAUCAUUUGUGGAUUUGACAAUAAGAACUUGAACACGAGUCGCUUGGAUGUGUACCUCUCACACAACCCAGCUGGAACUUCUGUUCAAAACCUCUUACACUGGACUCAGGCUAUUAAGUCUGGAAAAUUCCAAGCUUUCGACUGGGGAAGCCCGGCUCAGAACAUGAUACACUACAGUCAGGCCACACCUCCUUACUACAAUCUGACAGCCAUGCAUGUGCCAAUCGCAGUGUGGAACGGGGGCAAUGACUGGUUGGCUGACCCUGAAGACGUUGACCUCAUGCUUCCAAAACUCCCUAAUCUUGUUUACCACAAGAAGAUUCUGCCUUACAAUCACUUGGAUUUUAUCUGGGCAAUGGAUGCCCCUCAAGAAAUUUACCAUGAAAUUGUUUCUAUGAUGGAAAAAGAAAAAAAUUAG